AUGGGUUCACUCUCAACCAACGAGUUUAGUUUGAACGCCGAUAGCAGGAAGUUCCUGGACGAGUCCGGGGCUUCGGGCAUUGAUGCAAACCUCAUACAGCGCCUUGAGCGUCUGACAGGCGCGAAAGCCCACCACUUCGUUCGGCGACAGAUUGUUUUCGCACAGCGCCAGCUGAGUGAAAUUCUGGACAGCUAUGAGCGUGGAGAGCAGUUCAUCAUCUUUACUGGUCGGGGGCCUAGCAGCACGAGCAUGCACGUUGGCCAUGCCCUCCCUUUUGAGCUGGCAAAAUGGCUCCAGGAUGUCUUCCAGGCGCCUACAAUCAUCAUGUUGACAGACGACUCCAAGUACCUCUUCAACGCUAAGUACACAUUGGACGAUCUCCGGCGGUUUACUGUCGACAACGCCAAGGACAUCCUCGCGUUUGGGUUUGAUCCCAAACUGACGUACAUGUUUUCCUCUCUCGAGAACAGCAAUGGCCCACUUUACUGCCGGAGUCUCGAAUUUGCCAAGCAAAUCACACCGGCCGAGGUCCACGAGCACACAGGUUUUCAGUAUGACAGCAUGAACAUUGGCAUGUUCAACUUCUUUGCGAAGCAGAGCGCCGGCUUUAUGCCCGGUAGCUUCCAAGACGUGCUCCCCGGCUUGAAAGCCAAGGGCCUGCCUAGCUUGACCGUCAUUGGCCCAGACGUUGAUCCCUUCUUCUGGAUCAGCCGCAAAUACGCGUCGCAGAUUGGCGAGCGCACGCCGUCGUUCAUCUACACCUCGCUUGUGCCGAGUCUUGAUGGCGCGGACAAGGGCAAAAUGUCCGCGUCAGUGACUUCAUCGUCCAUUUUCUUGAGUGACACGAUUCCUGUCAUGGAGGAGAAGCUGAAGAGGCAGCUUACGAGAACAGAGACUAUGCUUGACUAUUUGCGCAUUUACCAGACGGAAGAGGAAGACUUUGCAACACUGCGGGGGUUGGAAAGCGAGAAACUCGCCCAUAGGGUCGCGGAGGUGAUGCGGAAGUAUUUGCAGACUUUCCAGGCAAAACGGGAGGACAUUACAGAUGAGGUAUUGGCAGCAUUCAUGAAGCCGCGAGCCAUCUCAGCCCCGCCGUGA